UGAUCAGCUGUGUCCAAUCACAGCUGAUCACAUGACAUGUACACUGAUCAUCAUGGCACUGAUGAUCAGUGUGCCCUGAUGAUCAGUGUGGCCCCAGAAGUGCCACCUGUCGUCCAUCAGUGCCACAUAUCAGUGCCCAUCUGAGCUGCCCUUCAGUGCCACCUAUCAAUGCCAAUCAGUGCUGCCAGUCAGUGCCUCCUAUCAGUGCCAGUCAGUGUCUACUAUCAGUGCACAUCAGUGCCAUAUAUCAGUGCUGCCUUUCAGUGCCCAUCAGUGAUGCCUGUCAAUGCCCACCAGUGCCACCUACCAGUGCCUCCUCAUCAGUGC